UUGUUCAUUAUUAUUAAAUACUUGAAAUAUUAUCGAUUCUCGAAUAUAUCGAAAGUUGUGUCGAUUAAUACUUGUGCAUCAAUGCAACAAAAUGGCGCUCGGAAAUAUUGUAAUUCUAACCUAAAAUUUAGCUACUCGUUGGUGUAAUUUAAACAAAAUGCAAAAUUAAUUGGAAUUUACUUUCAUUUGUGUAGAAUUCUUUGAUUAAAAAUAUCAUUUUUAAAUAAUUUGUAAGGCAAACCUGAAAUAGUUAUUAGAAAUUGUCUAAAUACAGGUUUUUAAUCGAAAUGCAAUAAUGGUCUCUCAACAGAUCGUGCUACUUGAAGUACAUAUCAAUUCGUGCGCGAAAUUUUGAAUAGAAAAAACAGCACGUAUAAAAACUGCCUUUGACAGUCAAAAUAGUGUACAAUAAGGAUAAAUGUAAAAAUUGAUAUAUUUUAUGUAAAUUACAAUUUUUACAAUGAAAUCUACCAAAAACAGUGGAACUGGCUUCUUAUGGGGAGAACUGCCAGCAAGAGAGACUUUAAAACAAGAAGUAAUAACUCCAGAUAUUAUAGAAAAUAUUUGGAGACAAGUUAUAGAGGAAUCAAAUAACCUUGAUUGUGAUUUUCAAGUGGAUAGACAAGUUGAAUUACCUAUGGGAAAUCUUCAUGUAUUAAAUACUAUAAAUCUUCAUCAGCAACUAAGGAUGAUGGAAGAAGGAAUGGUACUUGGAAAUAUGACAACAAUUGAAGCUCAUGAUUUGCCAGAAAGAAAAGAAACCUCAAAUUCAUUUCAGUUUUCACCUGUACAAGAAAGAAAUGUAUUUAAAGAUGCUUCUACAAUACACUAUCUCACACCAGAGGCAGCUCGGUCUAUAUUGAAGCAUGCAAUCAUUACUCUUUUGGCGCACAUUGGAUUUGAAAAGUCUUCAAAUAUAGCCAUAGAAACACUAACAGAUAUUGCAGAUCAUUUUCUAAGAAGAAUGACACUUUUGAUGAAAGCAGCAUAUGAACAAAGAGAUCAUGGUUUUCCGGAUAUACUAGAAAGGGUAUUAGUGGAAACAGGUGUUGGUGGAGUAGCUGCGCUUUAUGAUUAUUAUCAAGAAUAUGUGUUGAAAUAUGAAGAGAAUAUGAAAAGAAAGGUUGAAACAAUGAUGGAAAAACAGAGGCAACUUGAACUUAAUGCUUAUAGUUCUAAGAUGGUUCUAGAUGAAGCAGCUAAUAAGUUACAAUUUGAGGAACUUGAUGAAUUCGGAAAUGUUUAUCGAGAAGUGCCAACCCUCCAACUGUUAGAUCCUGAAAUGGGCUUCCCUCCUAGUCUUGAUGCUGGCUUUCAAAUGUUAUAUAGUCUUGAACAAGAUGAAUUAAAUAACUUGGAAGUAGAAGAAGAAGAAGUAAAUGUAAGCGACUCUCCGAAUACUGGACAACGACCUGAUACAUCAAAUGAUAAAAAAAGAUCUUGAUAUGCUUUUAAAUUAGUUUCAUAGCUUACGUACAUAGUUUAAAAUUUUAUUUUUGUUUCGUGAAAAAAGAAAUUUGUAACAAAUUCUUAAUAUUAGUAAUAUCUCUAAAAU